AUUCAUUACAGUGAGGUACGCACGGUGAUACUGAACAAGGGGACAUCUGGAUUAGGAUUUAAUAUUGUCGGCGGCGAGGAUGGUGAAGGGAUCUUUAUAUCUUUUAUCCUAGCUGGAGGACCCGCUGACACUAGUGGUGAAUUACGACGUGGCGAUCAAAUUCUCAGUGUCAAUGGAAUUAAUCUCAGAACAGCUACUCAUGAGGAGGCUGCUGCCGCUCUCAAGGGUACUGGACAAACUGUAACAAUCGUCGUACAGUACAAGCCCGAAGAUUAUAACAGAUUUGAAGCAAAAAUCCAUGAUCUUAAGCAACAACUUUCACAGCAAAAUUUAACAACUGGUACUCUAAUGAGGACCUCACAGAAAAAAUCCCUCUACGUUAGGGCUCUGUUUGACUAUGACCCGAACAAAGACGACGGUCUUCCGAGUCGCGGACUGGCUUUUCGGUACGGAGAAAUAUUGCACGUGACGAAUGCCAGUGAUGAUGAAUGGUGGCAAGCGAGAAGAGUCACCCCUCACGGGGACGAAGAAGGUCUGGGUAUCAUCCCCUCGCGCAGACGAUGGGAACGAAAACAAAGGGCCAGAGAUCGUUCCGUUAAAUUCCAGGGUCAUAUGCCUGUUAUUCUAGACAAGCAAUCAACACUCGAUAGAAAAAAGAAAAACUUUUCCUUCAGCAGAAAGUUUCCGUUUAUGAAGAGUAAAGACGACAAAUCCGAAGAUGGCUCCGAUCAAGAACCAUUCAUGCUGUGCUAUACCCAGGACGACACUAAUACUGAAGAUUUGUCAUCCGUCGCAGGAAGUAAAGAAAUUUUAUAUCGCGUUGAACUACCCUAUAUGGAAGAACUGACUUUAGUUUAUCUGGAAAAGGAGGACGAUGAAAAUAAUGUUGAUCUUUGUAGCGAAGAAAACGUACUAUCUUACGAGCCUGUUCAACAAAUGACCAUUCAGUACACGCGCCCUGUGAUAAUAUUGGGACCGUUGAAAGACCGCAUAAACGACGAUCUUAUUUCCGAGUUUCCGGAUAAAUUUGGAAGCUGUGUACCUCACACGACGAGAAGUAAACGAGACUAUGAGGUUGAUGGCCGCGAUUAUCAUUUCGUUGCGUCGAGGGAACAAAUGGAGAGAGAUAUUCAGAACCAUUUGUUUAUUGAAGCUGGCCAAUAUAAUGACAAUCUUUAUGGUACUUCCGUAGCUUCUGUACGAGAAGUUUCCGAAAAGGGUAAACAUUGUAUUCUGGAUGUAAGUGGUAAUGCAAUAAAGAGGUUACAAGUUGCUCAACUCUAUCCAAUUGCCAUUUUCAUCAAACCUAAAUCCGUAGAAUCGAUUGUGGAAAUGAACAAAAGAAUGACUGAAGAUCAAGCCAAGAAAACGUACGAGCGGGCAUUAAAAAUGGAGCAAGAAUUCGGCGAAUACUUUACCGCGGUUGUACAAGGAGAUACACCCGAGGACAUUUACGUAAAAGUAAAGGAAGUUAUCGCCGAACAAUCAGGACCGAGCAUUUGGGUACCAUCUAGGGAUCAGCAACUGUGA